UCCUUGUCUCCACCGAUAAACAAAAAUCUCUUAUUCGUAGAUUAAUGCGCGUGUAUGCAUAUUAAAAGUGACUAAUUACGAGGAAGUUAUGUACCCAUGGUGUGUUGAAAAGAUAGGCACAGGACGCCUUUAAGACGACGAUAUGUGUGCGUUUUUUUGCACCGGAUAGCCAUUGCCCUUUUCACAGAGAUCACGUAUGUACGUAUAGUACUUGAGGAAGAGACAGUAAGAGAGGAGCUUGGAUUUUCACUGUGUCGUGUAGACAUGCUUCUUCUGUGCUGUUGUAUAGUUGCUGUGAAUGCUGAGUGAAAUACUGGCAUGAUGGACUAGUAACCAGCUUAGUUUUGAUCACUGAAAAAUGGUUUUAAGCCGAAAUGACAAGAGGAAAAGGAAAGAAGGAGAUCUUGUGGAUCUCAUGGAUCCACUUGCUGAACCUCCAAAAAAAACUAAAGUACAAGCACAAAGAAAAUUUGCUCAAGGUGCUGUCACUCCAACAUACAGUCCUGUAACUACUCCAGUAAAGGAGAAGGAAAAAGUCAAGCCUGUAGUAUUCACAGAGUUAAUUACGCACAAACGGCCAAACACAGAAGACUUUUUGACAUUUUUAUGUUUUCGAGGUACAUCAACACUACCUUCAAACCUUAAUUUUUUUAGCACAAGUCCCAAAAAAGUCAAAGCCAAUCAUGGAGCUAAAUCAACAAUAUCCAAAGCAAAUGGCGUGUGUGGUAAAACAUCCCAGAAUAAAAAUGAUAAUCAAUUUGCAGCAACUCAAAAACAAGCCAAGGAAAAGUCAGUUAGCUCUUCCAAAAAGCAACAAACAGAGCCAAAGGUACUCAAACUUAAGACCACAAAUCCAGCAAUUCAGGCGCUCAAGAAAAAGUACCAGGAGCAAAGACUAGCCAGAGAGAAUAAACUGAAGAAAAAAUUUAAACCGACAAACAUUAAAACUCGUUCGUGUCCCGAGCUUUUACCACCUGAAAAAUCUGUGGUAGUAUCUAAAGCGGCGAAGAAAAUCACACCAGUUAUUGAUAGUAGACGACGUGGGUUGAGAAGCACAGGUUUACUAGAAAGCGAGAAAAAAAGUUUACCAAUGAGGCCCUUAAAGAAACAAUUACCUGCAAAAUUGAAGAAAAAAAAACUGGCAAAAGAGGAGUCGUCGAGUGUCGACUCGUUCCCUGUGAAAAAAAAACCGCAACCGAAAGUAUUAACCAACAAACUUAUGCAUAAGAAACUAGUCGAGAAGAGCAAAAAAACUCUUCAGACUCGUCGUGUUACGCGUUCUCGUAUAGAUAAUUCGCCUCAAACACCAGCGAGGAGACCUACCAGGAAGACUAAAGAGGCUGCAGCCGUGUACAUGGAAAUCCUGGGUAGAAAGCUUGUUACUCCAGAUCUCGAAAACGACGAUAACAUGUCUCUUGAUAGUUUUCCGGAGCUUCCUAAUGCUAGAAAAAUCGCGCAAACGGAGAAUAAAAUUAAGGCUCAAGCCAAAUCGCUCAAAAACGGUUCUCAGGCUAAGGAAAAAGACAAGGAGAAAAAAGCGAUGAGUAAUAUUAGUGCCAAAGUAAUUAAAAAGAAAGUCAUCAGAGCAGUUCCUGUGUUGAAGAGUAAACGACCUGUCAAAGUGCAGAAAUACACAGAAUUGGAUACUGACGAAGAAUCGAUAAGUUCCGAGGACACGGAAGAAAUAGUCAAAAAGAUUCCCGUAGUCAAGAGGCGAUCGUUUGUCAAAGACCAAAAGCCUGAAAAUCGCAAAUUGAGAUCUACUCGAAGUCUUGUCGAUAAAUUGCCAAGUCCAAAAAAAAGUAUUACAAAGUUGAACGAUGUUCAAUUAAAUACGGCUGCUAACGAAGUGACGAAAGCAGUGAAAAGUUUGGAAUCAAUGACCACCACCAAGGCGAACAAAGAAGCUGCUGCUACGAAGGAUUUGCCAAAAGAAACUUUAAAAGAAAAGACCGCUCCCGUUGCAAAACGUAAACGUGAUUUGUUGCAGGCACUGAAGGAAAAGGAUACCCCGUUAAAAGCUUCGAAACUCGAGAUGUCAAAAAACAAAUCGACUAGCGAACCUAUCGUUGAUGAAGAUACAAUAAACUUGCAGAAAUCCAAGAAAAAAAAGGAUAACGAGAAAGACGAAAUAGCAAUAUCACCGAAACCAAAACCCACCAUCGUCGAAACACUGAAAAUACAAGAACCAACAAAAACAUCUGACGACGAGGAAUCAUUUCGUGGUUUUGCUAAACGACCAAUUCUCGACGACAUCCUCGACUGUAAGGCAAACGUGCUUAAGUCUAGUGGUGGCAUUUAUCCAUGCAUUAAGAGCGAUGCUAUCGCUGCUGUCAAGUUGGAGCCUGACUUUGGCGAACUUAAGGUAUCGUCGACGACAUCCUCGAUGCACAACAUAAUCGACAUUCCACGUGGUCUGAAUCAUCACGGACGCAAAGAGCGAGUAAACAUGUCAACAGAGCAAAUAGAAAAGUGGCUGAGCGAGAGUUCGCUAGCGAAAGAAGAGAGUAAGGUCGAGAUGGACAAGUACAUCCCGCCGCCGCCGCCACCAAGUCACGGUCACUUGUCGAUAUCACCGAAAAUCCAACACCUCGUCAGACCUGUUAACGUCACUCUGUCGAAGCUGUCGGACAGGAUGAAGAAUCGCCUGCCAAUGCCGAUGGUCACGAAACUGCCAACUGUGUUCCUGACCAAGCCGAAGGACAAGGAAGCCGAAAAAGAAGUGACGAAAGAGAAGGAGAAGGAACCGCCAGCCAAGGAAAGAGAGAAAAGAGCCGAGGAGAAGAAAGACGAAGCCAGCGCUGGUCUAACGAGGAAACUCAGCAAGGACUCGUCUUUUGGCGACGACACCGCGGACAGCGACGCGGUGUCGAAGUCAGAUGCAACCUCCGUGUGCGACUCGACGGAGAAAAAGUCGCUGGCCAGUAGCAGUUCGCCGGAGAAGAAUCGUGUUUUUUUUCACCAGGGCCGAAACAAGGUGCCCUUUCUGCCGAAAGUACGAGACCGCGGCAAGCCGCCCGCGAGCGCUCCCAACAACGCCUCGGCGUUCUCGCCCGAGAACGAAAGCAGCGUGUACGCCUUUGAAAGCGAGGCGGAGACGCCUGUGAGCACACCGUUCUUUCGUCGGAAGGCGCGCGACAGCGGCCAGAGGCACGAUGCAGGAGCUACUGAAAGUAAGGACAAGGUCAAUAAGGAAACGAACGAAGCGAGUGAGAAGGAGCCCCAAUCAACAGGGCAUUUAAACUCGCCGGUGGAAGCUCGGAAAGACGAAGAACAACAACAAGCACAAAAGUCACCUCCGCUGUCGGAAAGAACCGCAACCCCGAAGAGCUUCGAGCUUCCGAAAAGUUUCGCAGACUUGACAAACGUGCAGGUGUUACCACUAGACAAAUUAACAACAAGCUGGAGCAACGUCAAUUACAGCGCCUCAAUAGCCGUUCAAAUCAAUCUGGACGAGCAAAAGCAGCAGCAGCAGCAGCAUCAGCAGCAGCAGAAACAAGAACAGACGGCUCAGCAGCAAGAAGGCACAGCGGAGGUAGAGCCUAGUGCGAGUCACAAGAGUACCGAGAUAUCGACGCAAACGGACACCAACGCGGACAACGACGACGACGACAAUGGGCAAUUGUUUUACAUACCAUUACAAGCCGUCACGAGGAAUACCUCGGCUCAGGGUGGUCAGCAACUCAUUCAAGGCGUGGCCGUUAAAUUGGGCACUGAAGGACCCACUGGGCCAAAUCAGAGAGUACUUUUGAAGGCUAAGUUGGUGACCAAGCCACCGAUUUCUGUGGCGAGGUGUCCGCCUAUCGGUACUGUACAACCGACAGCGAGGACACCGCAGAAUGCUGAACAGCCCGAUGGACCGUCGACUUCGAAUGUUAAUGUUGCAGUGGUGGGUUUGAAAGCGGUGCAAAAGUUGGACAAAGAGACGAAGACUGUUACGAGCAUUGGUAGUAAACAGAUUCAUAAAACGUCGGGUACCGAAAAGCACGUCAAAUCUCUAAAAACCAAAGAAAGACGAGCAUCCGUUGACAAUGUGAAAUCAAGCAAAAAAUCACAGCCGAAGAAACCAAUUGAAGUCGUAUUGCCCACUAACAAUACGAUAUUCCCGAAAACUAAAGAAUUAAAUGAAGAAGCUCGCCUGGUUGAUGCCCCGAUAUUUCGACCAACGGAGAAAGAAUUUCAAGACCCUUUGGAGUACAUCGACAAAAUUCGACCGAUCGCUGAGAAAUUUGGCAUUUGCAAGGUUGUCCCACCUUCUAAUUUCAAGCCGGAAUGCAAAGUAUCCGACGACAUGCGUUUCACUGCCUACAAUCACUACGUGCACCGAAUGUUAAAUCGUUGGGGUCCCAACGUCAAAGAGCUCAUGGCUAUAAAGAAAUAUUUAGCCACGCAGAGUAUAAGUUUAACUCAACCACCUUGGAUCGGUGGUAUGGAAGUAGACCUACCUCACUUGUAUCAAAUCGUACAAAAUCUUGGAGGAUUAAAAGAAGUUAUCGAGAAAAAGAAAUGGCAAAAAGUCGCGGAUGGUAUGAAAAUACCAAGAUCGGCUCAAGAUCGCGUUACUAAGUUAGAUGAUAUUUAUUGCAAAUAUUUACUUCCUUAUGAUACUCUGUCGCAAGACGAAAGAGAUAAGCUUUUCAAAGACGUAGAAACUGACUGGGCAAAACGAGAAAAAAGAGACAGGCAGGAUUCUCAAUCGACUGACACUGAAGACGACGAGGAAGAGGACAAUACCGAAGAGAUUGAGGAGUGUAUUGUAAAAGGCCGCAAUAUGCCACUGAACGCAUUUUACAGAAUCGCACGUAACACUCAACGCAUGUGGUUCGGUGACAAUCAGCGCAACGAGAUUGAGGGUGCUUCGGCCGAUGAGGUAGAGGUGGCAUUUUGGAAGCAUGUAGUCGAGAAAAAACGUCACGUGUGCGUACAUGCCGCCAGCAUCGAUUCAGGUGGACGAGGUUUUGGAUUUUCCGUAGCUAAAAAUAGCCCAUUCGCACGACAUCCUUGGAAUUUGAAGAUUCUUACGAAUAAUGCUGGUUCGGUGCUUCGAGCACUUGGCCCGCAGAUGGGUGUAACAGUACCAACCCUUCACGUAGGAAUGUUGUUUAGUGCAUGUUGUUGGUAUCGUGAUCCACACGGGUUACCUUGGAUCGAGUAUUUACACACAGGUGCUAAGAAAAUCUGGUAUGGUAUACCAGACGAACAAAACAAUACUUUCCGCAAAGCCUUUACUAAAAUGUUUCCACGCUACUGUAAGAACAAAACCAUUUGGUUACCUUCCGAUACAGCUAUGGUACCACCUGAUAUGUUGGUUGCUAAUGGUGUACCGCUGUGUCAAACGAUACAAGAGCCUGGACAGUUUAUCGUUGUGUUCCCAAAAGCUUUUACUUCUAGCAUUUGCACUGGCUAUGUGGUAUCCGAAAGCGUCUAUUUCGCGCAGUCAUCAUGGCUUGAAGCUGCCGAACAAGUUUUUCGGGAUAUACAUGAUAGCUGUGAGCCUUCAAUAUUUUCAUUUGAAAGACUGUUAUUUAGCAUAAUCAAUGAUUCUAGAUCUCAUAUUGAUGUACUUAAACAGAUUUUACCAACUGUUAUUAAAGUUUGUAAUAAAGAAAUAGAAAAUCGCAAAAAAUUGAAAGAACUGGGUCUCGUGAAUACAGAAAAACUGUCACUACCAGAGAAUGAGAAGAAGGGAAAGAAUAAAAAGGUCGUGGAAGAUGAAGGUGAUUACGAAUGUGAUACAUGUCGAGCAAAUUUAUUUGUAUCUUUAGUAAGCAACCCCACGGAUGAGAGUAUCUUUUGCCUAACUCAUGGUAUUCACUAUGUAGAGAAGAAGAAGCAAGUUGUAAAGAAUUGCACGCUUAUGUAUACGUACAGUGAGAGCGAAUUAAACGAUCUUAUUCACAAACUAAAGAACAGGAUCGAAGCCAAAUCUAAGAAGACUAAUCAAACAAAACAUGCUAAAUAGAUGAACGUGAAUUAUUUAUUUAAAUAGAUG